CCUGCGCAGCAUGACCGGGUACUCGAACUUGGCGACGCCCAACGAUGCGAAAAACUACGUGAACGAGGCCGGCCAGAUCGAGUGGGGCGCGAUUCCGCUCAACGUGGCGCUUGACAAGCUCAAGGCGACGCGCGAAGGUCUCUCGUCCGACGAAGCCCAGAAGCGUCUCCUCGAGCACGGUCCAAACGCGCUGCCGAAGAACGAGGUCAACCGCCUCAUGGUCUUCCUCGGCUUCAUGUGGAACCCGCUCUCGUGGGCCAUGGAAGUUGCGGCCAUCUUGUCGCUCGUCUUGCUCGACUACCCGGACUUUGGUUUGAUUCUCGCGCUUCUAUUCUUGAAUGCGUGCAUCGGCUACUUUGAGGAAAUGCAAGCCGGCGACGCCGUCUCGGCGCUCAUGGGACAGCUCGCGCCCGAGUGCAAGGUCUUCCGUGACGGUGCCAUGAUCAACCUCCCGGCCGACGAGCUCGUCCCGGGCGAUGUCAUCCGCAUCCGUCUCGGUGAUGUGCUUCCGGCCGACGUCAAGUUUCUCGAAGGCGACUCGGUUAAGAUCGAUCAGUCCUCGCUUACGGGCGAGUCGCUCCCGGUGACCAAGAGCGAAGGCGACGAAGGCUACUCGGGCUCGAUCUGCAAACAGGGUGAAAUCGAAGCUGUCGUCACGAGCACGGGUGUCCACACGUUCCUCGGUCGCGCCGCCGAGCAGAUUGCCGGUGUCGAGUCCCACGGUCGUCUCCAGGAAGUCCUCACCACAGUCGGCAACUUUUGCAUGGUCUCGAUCAUCGUCUGGUGCAUCAUCGAGCUCGUCGUCCAGAUGGGCGCCCGCAAGGACGAGAACCCGUGUUUGAUCAUCACCGAUGGAUGCCUCGGUGUCGCCAACAUCCUCGUCUUGAUCGUCGGCGGCAUCCCCGUCGCCAUGCCUACGGUCUUGUCGGUCACGCUUGCGAUUGGUUCGUCCGCGCUUGCCAAGGAGAACGCCAUCGUCACACGCCUCACGUCGAUCGAGGAGAUGGCCUCGAUGGAGAUCCUCUGCUCGGACAAGACUGGUACGCUCACCCUGAACAAGCUCUCGGUGGACUUGAACAACCUCGUGCCGUACAACGACUACACGGGUGACGACAUUCUUCUCUACGGCGCCCUCUCGGCGCGUAUCGAGAACAACGAGGCCAUCGACGUCGUGUGCCACAACACGUACCCCGGCAACGCCACGAUGUGGGAGAAGUACACCUUGCUGCACUACACGCCGUUUGACCCGACGACGAAGCGCACGAUCGCCAAGAUCAAGGAUAACACGACGGGCAAAGUCUUCCGUGCCUGCAAGGGUGCGCCGCAAGUGUGCUUGGACAUGGACGACAACGCCGAGGCUCUCCGCGAAGAAGUCGAAGGUCGCAUCAAUGAGUACGCGUCGCGCGGCUACCGUGGUCUCGGUGUCUCGUUCUCGCACGGCGACGUCCCGAUGGAGGAAGCUUCGUGGAAGCUUGUCGGUAUCCUCCCGCUGUUUGACCCGCCACGCCACGAUACCGCCGAGACGGUCAAGCGCGCCAUCGAACUCGGCGUUGCCGUCAAGAUGGUCACGGCUUGGUAUGCCCACCAACAUCCUCGACACGUCUUUUUCAACAAGGCGCCGCCGCCGGGUGUCAACCUCGCGCAGAUGGUGUACGAGACGGACGGCUUUGCUCAAGUCUUCCCCGAACACAAGUUUGAGAUUGUGCGCCAGCUCCAGUCUCUCGACAAGAUUGUCGGCAUGACGGGCGACGGUGUCAACGAUGCGCCGGCGCUUGCACAAGCUGACAUCGGUAUCGCUGUCGAUGAUGCCACCGACGCUGCCCGCGCUGCCGCCGACAUUGUUCUUGUCUCGCCCGGUCUCUCGGUCAUCAUUACGGCCAUCCGCAUGUCGCGUGAGAUCUUCUUGCGCAUGAAGAACUACGCCAUGUACUCGAUCGCGAUGACGGUCCGUAUUGUCUUGACGUUUGGCCUGCUCACGGUGUGCUACAACUGGUACUUCCCCACGAUUCUCGUCGUCGUCUUGGCCAUCUUAAACGACGGCACGAUUUUGACGAUCUCCAAGGACAACGUGACGGCGUCGCGCACGCCCGACUCGUGGAAGCUCAAGCAGGUCUUCAUUUCAUCCAUUUGCUUUGGCAUCUGGCUUACGAUUUCGACGAUUGUCUUGGUCGGUGUCGCGUACAACACGUCCGCGUUCGAAGGCUUCAUCGACUCGGAGAACCUCUGUGUUGGCUGCAUCAAGGACUCGUGCAACUCGUACUUCACGGAGCGCAUCCAGACGUGCAUGAGGACGAACGACCCUGCGGCUUGCGGUGAGCUUGAUGGCUCGGUCUACAAGCCGUCGCUCAACCCUGCCAACUUGGAACUCCUCCAGAAAAACCGCAAGGACUACGUCGAAGGGUACAAAAAGAAGUACAACGCCGAGUCGAAGAACUCGAACUGGGGCAAGCUCUUUGAGCACCUCAAGGGCAGCCACAUCAACGACCUCGACCAUGAGCCGUCGGCCGAUGAAGUGUACCAGCAGUUCUACAAGCAGUACACGGCCGAGGCCAAGGAGCUCGACGAUGCGAUCAACGGCCGCGGCGUCGCAUUCGUCGGGCGCGGCUACAUCCCAUUGACCAACGGUGUCAGCUUCUGCGACUUCAUGUGGGACUACUCCAACUUCAACACGCGCUUCACGAAGAACCACAAGGCGAUCGGCCCCGGGAUGCAGAAGAAGGACGGUAUCCUCCGCUCCCUCGUCUACACGCAGGUCUCGAUCUCGGGCCAGGCGCUGAUCUUUGUCACGCGUACGGCAGGCAUCAACACGUGGUUCUUCGCCGAGAAGCCGUGCAACCUCCUCCUCAUCGCUUUCGUCUUUGCCCAAGUUGUGGCUUCGGUGAUCGGCUACUACGGCUUCAACGGCUACCCGUCUGACCGUAUCGCAGUCUUUGGCUGCGGCGGCGGCUACCUCGUGAUCGCUUGGAUCUGGUCGAUCGUGUGGCAUUUUCCCCUCGACUUGAUCAAGUUUGCCAUCAACUAUGCGCUGAGCGCCAACACGUAUACGUCGACAGCCUUCGACUCGCGCAUCAACGCAGGCCAUCCAUCUCAGGCCCAUGCGCGCGUGACGCAGCACGCUCGCUCGGUCCGCGCCUCGCGCACUGUGUAA